UGCUUGGUGAGAUUACUAUGUUAAGAGUGUAAAACAUUUUAUAAAUUGAAAAUUCCAGCAUCCACGCUUUUACUUUCAAAACACAUAAUUGGAACAACGCAAUUAUAUUCCCAGAAUUUGUUAUGAGGUCCGUACAAAAUUUACCAACAUGAAAACGUGGUCCGCCGUCGUACUUUAUUAUCACGUCUGCUUCGACGAAGGUUCGGGGAUAAAGACGUGGGCCAUUAAUCGGGAUGAGCGGAUCCAUUGGGUCGGGAUGAGCGGAUCCAUUGGGCCGUACAGGCCCAAAAGUAGUAGUACGCCUUCUCUACGGCCCAAAGCUUCCAGAAGUUAUAAGUUAUAACACCGGCGAGUGGGACCCCCAAUGGGGGUUCGACACAUCAGCAGCAUCUCACUGCAUUAUUCACAACCAACCAUCGUUUUUCCCAGUGCCAACGCACAGAAAUUUCCAUGCUCUUCUCCAGUUCUCGUUCCAAUGAGAUUUAGAUAUAUAGUGUAGUGAGGGAAAGGGCGAGUAGAAUAGGCCAUUAAUGGCGAGGGAUAGAGCUCCCUGUAUUCUCGCUCUGUAUCGGUGCCGAUCCUGUUCAUCAACGUCGUUCGGGGAAGAUCACACCCUCUUCAAUCUCGCCCUCAGAAUCGUUCUUCUAGAACGGCGAAGUAGAUCGAAUUUCAGGAGCUACUUUGUAAGGCAAAUUGCGUCUCACACUCCUAUGAGUCGGAGUAGUGUAUUAGGGUGAAGAUAAGUUUUCUCAGAUCGAGGGUACAAAGAAGAUCAUGAGCAUCUCCUCCGAAUCAAACAUCCAUUAGCAAUAUAUAUAUCCGCAGCAUGCUUAUAAUUUAUUGUUUUUGUAUCCUUUGUUAUGGUUGUCACUUUCUCUUGAACCUGAGAUGUACAAUAAGACGCCUUCUGUAUGAUAACUAAGUUCUCUUACAUGAACUCGCAGGCAAAGAAGUUGAGAAAUAAGCAGGUUUGCUUCCAAUGCCUUCUUUCAAUGAGCAACCGGAAUCAGGAGAUUCAAGCCAUAGCCUCAUAAGUGGAGGACUUUCCGAUAUGGGAGGCCAUUAUGUGAUGGAAUCUGGUGUCUACAUGUCAUCAUAUGCUGCAACCAUCUUCAUCACAGCACUAUUGACCAUUGGGGUUUUACUUCUAGCCGUGCUCGUCGCCCUAACAGUUAUGUUAGAGUCCUGCCAAAGAACAAACAGUGGAGCUUACAAGCAAUCUGUGACAAACGAUCAGUAUGAUUAUUGCAAAAUCAUUGCUUUCCAUGCCGAGCUUAACAACUCAGAAGAGGAUGAAACUCCCACAUUCUGCAAGGAGAUUGCUCUCAAUUAUUUUAGUCAAGUUCAGUUCACGCAAGAUUUGAAUCUAACAGUACAUCUGGCAGAGAGCUAUUUCAGCGUGCUGAAACCAAAUGAAGAUGGCUUAGAUGCGAUCUUGAUGGAUAUCGAUGAUUUGAUUCUAGAAGAAGUUGCCACCAACAACAGUUCUACACAACAAUGGAAUAAGCAGGUUGACGAGUUGAAACAUUCAGCUCAGUUGAUUGUUUUCAGAUUUCUCAUGAAACUGCAAGCUAGUGGAUGGUCUUUACACUUCUUUACAAGAAAGCCCUCAUGGAACUCAGAUACCAUUAUAGAAACCCUCAAGUUUGCAGGUUAUGAAAAAUGGUCUUCAUUGGUCAUGAGGUCUGAUGAAGAGCUUCAACUAGAGAAUUGGGAAUACAUCUCCGGAAGAAGAAUGCAAUUGCAAGAUCAAGGAUAUAGAAUUGCGAGUGUGAUUAGCUGCCGGAUGGAUGCAUUUCAAGGCCCAUAUUUAGGAAAGCGUAAUUUUAAGCUCGCUCGUCCUAUGUUUCACAUACUUUAGCAUAUUUUUGAAGAAUAUGUUCAUUCGACAUGUGAUGCCGGUAUCUUUUAUGUUCCUAGUGGAUCUAUUUGCUUUACGAAAUGGCUUGUAUAGAACUCUCAUCCUUGUACCAAAGUUUCAGGACCUCAUUGUGCUUAGUACAGUGAAUAGAUGUUUUAUUUAUUCCCUACA